AUGGUGGCGUGGGCAUACACGCUUGUGCUCCUGGUGACGGCCUGGACUGAGGACAAGACGGCCGAGGAGGCGUGGCCGGUUAUCGAGGGUGCGCUCAAGGUGGCGCAGACGAUGGCGCUGCUCGAGGUGGUGCACUCGCUCAUCGGCUUUGUGCGCUCGCCGGUGGUGACGACUGCCAUGCAGGUUGCGUCGCGCAUUGUGCUGCUGUGGGGCUACACCAACGCGUUCCCUGCGGCACAGAAGCACUGGUCGCUGUGGCUCAUGGUCGGCUCGUGGUCGCUGGUGGAGGUGCCGCGGUACGCGUUCUACGCCGUCAACCUGUACCUUCCGAUGAACAAGGUGCCGUACGCGCUGUUCUGGGCGCGGUACUCGCUGUUUAUGAUCCUGUACCCGACCGGCAUCUCGGGCGAGCUCAUCCAGGUCUGGUCGACGCUCAAGACGACCAAGGCCGACCCGACGCUCGUGCCGGUGUACUACAUCUCGCUUGCGCUGCUCGCGCUCUACGUGCCGGGCGGCCCGAUCAUGUUUGGCCACAUGCAGAAGCAGCGCAAGGGUCAGUUCAAGAAGCGCGCCAACUUUGGUAAGCCCGCGCCUGCGCCGGCUGGCCUCCUCUUCCCGCAGGAUGCCAAGGGCAAGCGGUCGACGACGGCGGCGUGCAAGGACAUUUUCUCGACAGCGGUCGAGGUGCAGGACGCGGAGGCGGCGGCGGCCAUCCGCGGCGACCGCGGCUGGCGCUUCUCGUACCCGCAGCACCUGCUCCGCAUGGUCCAGCUCUGCUGCAAGUCGAAGAAGUCUGCGGUCUCCAUCUCCAAGGCCCUCCUCCGCCGCGCUCACUCGACGUUUGAGUUUGUGCGCGACGGGCAGACCUUCACCCUGGCCGAGGCCAUGGACGGCCGCUUUGCCGACUCGUUCUACACCGGUGUGGUCGAGGGCGAGGCGCCCAAGGGCUCCGGCGUCCUCGAGGUCCCGUACAAGACCGGGACGCUGAGUGGACAGGCGCUCAAGGACCAGCUCCGCAAGUGGGUCGAGGCCGGGACCAUCGAGGCCGACGCCGCCGAGGCCAUCGAGGCCGUCGCCGACAACCCCGAGUGGAUGGAUCUCUCUGACAAGUACUUUGUCCUCCUCGGCGCCGGCUCGGCCAUGGGCCCGCUCCUCCAGCUCAUGGCUAUGGGCGCCAACAUCAUCGCCAUCGAUCUUGACCGCCCGGGCAUCUGGAAGCGCCUCUUCUCCAUCGCCCGCAACUCGCCCGGUCGCAUGUUUUACCCGCUCUCGCGGCCGGCGUCCGAGUGCGCCGACGAAGGCGAGCUCGCCGCCGCCGCAGGCUGCAACCUCUUCACCCAGACGCCUGAGAUCCGCAACUGGAUCAACGCCGAGUUCUCCAAGCGCGAGCUCACCAUCGGCUCGUACGCCUACCUCCACGGCGCACUCCACGUCCAGGUCUCGCUUGCCAUGGACGCCAUCGUCGCCUCGCUCCUCGACGAGGGCCUCAACCUUCGCCUCGCCUACCUCUGCACCCCGACUCUCACCUACGUCAUUCCUAAGGAGGCCCGCGCCGCCGCCGCCGCCAACGAGGCCAACGCCCCGAUGUGGCAGCGCCUCGUCCGCGGCCUCACCUUUGGCAAGAAGCUCGUCUCCAACGCGCUCCCGCUCUUUGUCGGCGACGACGGCACCGAGUACGCCAUUUGCGACGGCGUCGUCACCGCGCAGGGCCCCAACUACGCCCUCGCCAAGACCAUCCAGCAGGCCCGCGCUGUCGUCGCCCGCACCGAGAUGAACACCCCGGUCUCCAAGCACGUUGCCCCUUCGACCGCCACCAAGUCCGUUGUCGACAACAAGUCCUUCGCCGCCGCGUACGGCGGCUUCCGCUUCUUUGCCGCCAUGGAGGUCUUCUACCAGGAGACCUCCAACGCCGUCAUGGCCGCCAUCCUCGUCCACGACAUUCAGAACCCGGACGCUGUCGCCAACCCCUCGGUCGUGCUCAGCAACCCCAUGGAGCUCUUUGCCCACAACGCCAUCCACGGCGGCGUCUGGCGCAACGGCUUCAAGAUCAACUCGAUCGGCGAAGUCGCUGCGCUCGCCUUUUACGCUACCGAGUACACCUUCCAGCUCGUCGCCGCCUCGGGCGCCGUCGCCGCCCUCGGCUGGUACCUCAACACCCAUGGCCUGCCCAUCGAGUUCUGAGCGCCCCGCC